CUCUCCUAAAUCUUCCUUCCAGAUGACCCCAGACUCUUUCGUCUACAAAACAAGUUUGUUCUACAAACCUGCUCCUUCUGGUAACAUGGUCAUCGUAAGGACCAACCCGGCGGUGGUUCCUAUUGAGUGUCACUAUCCCAGGAAGAGCAACGUGAGCGGCAAUGCUGUCCGGCCCACGUGGGCUCCCUUCCACUCCACCCUGUCGGCGGAGGAGAAGCUGAUGUUCUCCCUGCGCCUCAUGAAUGAUGACUGGAGCGCCGAGAGACUCUCCAAUGGCUUCCAGCUGGGGGAAAGCCUGCACCUCCAGGCUGACGUUGCUUCGGGAGACCAUGUACCGCUAAGGCUUUUUGUGGAUGACUGUGUUGCUACCCUGAGUCCAGACAGGAACUCCUCUCCCCGAUAUGCCUUGAUUGACCUCAGCGGGUGCUUGGUGGAUGGGAGGUCAGAUGACACCACUUCAGCCUUCAUCUCUCCGAGGCCGAGGCAGGAAACGCUGCAGUUCAUGGUUGAUGCAUUCAAGUUUGCAGGAGAUGACAGAAACAUGAUCUACAUCACCUGCCACCUGAAGGUCUCCCCUGCUGACCAAGCCCCAAAUCCCAGCCCAGAGAAGAAGCCUUACAGGUAAUUCUGUUUCAGUUGGGCUCCGGUGGAGGGUACUGGAGACAUCUGCAGCUGCUGUGAGACCGGCAACUGUCCAUCGUAUGGAGGAUACUCCCGGAGAAUUAACCCUCCGGCCAGAUGGCCAAGGAGGCGCUUGAAGAGAGACAUCUCUUCCAAGCAAGAUGGUUCUUCAAAGGCAGCAGAGGCUGAAGUGUCAGUUGGACCACUAUUAAUCCUUGAUCCGGCUCAGGGAUUAUGGAGUUCCUCGGGAGGUCUCGCACCAGCGGGGAAGACACUACAUGGUGCUGCUGGAGGACUUCCUAUGCCGGUCCAAGUUGCCAUGCUGACAGCAGCCACUGUGCUGAGCUUAACUGCUCUGGGACUGUUUCUUGUGUGCAGAAAAUGUAGCUGCUCUCCUGGGGUGUCACUGUAA